AUGGCGAUCGAAGAACAAAAAGAAGAGCGAGAAGUCCUCGACUCGAUUUUCCCAGAUGAAAUUACAGAUCUUUCGGACACGUCCUACCGGAUAUCUAUAGCUCUUGAUGUCCCCGGAGCAGAGCACGAAGAAGACGCUGCGCCUCCCAUCCUGUUGCUCAACGUUACCUAUCCAGAGGCCUACCCUGAUGUUGCACCCCACUUGGAUAUUACAACUCCGCCAAACGCAGAAAAGCACCCUCAGCUCGAUAUCCAAGAAGACAAGGCCCAAUUGAUGGAAGCGCUGCAACCCACAAUUGAAGAUUCCCUUGGCAUGGCUAUGGUCUUUACACUGGUCACGACCUUGAAAGAGGCAGCGGAGACGCUUAUAUCGGACAGGAUACGGCAAGCAGAGGCUGUGAAGGAGGUCGCAGCACGUCAAAAGGAGGAGGAAGAAAACAGAAAAUUCCACGGUGCUCUGGUAACGAGAGAGCGCUUCUUAGAAUGGAGGGAGAGAUUCCGAAAAGACAUGGAGGAGAAAGAGAGGAGGCAACGCGAGGAAGAAGAGGCGGAAGACAAGAAAAAGAGGGGCGGCAAACCCGACGAAAAGAAGCUCACUGGCAGACAGCUCUGGGAGAGGGGUCUUGUUGGAAAGGUCGAUGAAGAGGACAUUGAUGGAGACGAUGCAGUGGCCGCCAUCGAAAAGCUCAAGGUCGACACGUAA